AUGCCAACUUUAAUAACCCAUCCUUCCCACCCCAUCCACCAUUUAGCCCUCUUCUCUACCCCAGUUUACCCUGGUGGUUCAUUCAACUGUGACGGUUGUGGCCGCCAAGGAAACGGAUUUAGCUACCGUUGCACCACCUGUGGUUUUGAUUUACACAUGAUGUGUGCCACAAAUCCGCUCUCGUUUGCUCAUCAAUCUCAUCCUCACCAGAUUAACCUCGCCUUUUAUCCUCCUUACCAAACCGAAGGUUUCUCUUGUGAUAUAUGCCACAAGAUAGGGUCUAAACAUUGGCUUUAUCGGUGUGGUGCUUGCGAAUUUGACGCACAUAUGGAGUGUGCAAUGGGUGUUAAUGUUGCACCGUUGCCCCAUCUUCAGCAUGGCAACUCUUUACCAGUAGCGAACAAUAAUGUCAAUAUUCAGUACCAGCAGCAGCCUGAACCUGGAGGCGUUAAUGUUUUUACGCACAGCCAAAGCAUGGGAUCAGCUAAGCCUAUGCAACAGCAGCAGCAGGAGGCUAGCUAUCAACAGCCAAAUGGGGCUGGAAAUGGCACCGUAAUGGAUGCGAUGGUUCAAGGUUUUGUAGAUGGGGCUGCACAACAGGUUGGUCAGAUGUUUGUGCAAAGCAUUAUCAAUCCUGAUGCUAAUCGUGACACUAGCAACAAUAAUAGUACUGAUCCUAAUGCUGGUGAUCAUGAUGAUGAUUCUUCCGAUUCUUCCGAUCCUUCUGCGAUUAAUAUUGGAUCUUCGAUUAUGAGUGACGAGUUUGGUACUGUUGAAUCUUAUAGUCGACAAAAUAUGUUAUCAAACGUUUAA